UAGGGUAUGUCGCAUGAUAGGGAAGGCUUGGGGGGGCUUUAUUUGCAAAAGGUUGAGAACCUCUGCCUUAGACCAAUCAAAACUAUUGUUAUAUGUCAACUAGUGCUGUAGCAACAAUGUAAGAUCAGUUAUUGUGAAAACUGUAAAUACUUAAAGGGCUAUGACACUCCAAUCGUAUCUGGCCCAUUUUACAUGAUGGCCCAUUUUAGCUGACUUCACCCUAUGUCUAUGCACUUCUUACAAUAUUUAGGAAAACAAUAAGGCAUGAAGAAAUAUCAACACAUAGCCUAGUGACUCACUGUCACGUUGACUUUUACUGCGGACAAAAAGUUAGUUUUAUUAUGAGAAAUUUGGGGAUUUCCAGUCUAUAGUGCAUGAACUGUAUGCCAAACUAUUAUUAUGAACCACGAAGACACGUGACCGAAAGUCAUCACAAUAUUUUCCAAGUUCCUGUUCUCAUGCAGCUGAAAAGUGGACUGAUCUAAAUUUGCUUUCACGUUCGCUGAAUACGUCAAAUCUAGACAAUUGAGUAUAUUCUAGAGAAGGUGCAUGAUAUUGUACAAUUUGUUUUGGAACAAUAGUCCUAACCCUUUAGAAGUUAUUGGGUUUUAUUUCCACAUAAAUUCGAAAUGAAUAAAAAGUCAGUAACAGUUAACUUUAUCAAAUGAAAGCGUGUAAUAUAUUCUAUAAAAGGUGCAGAAUGUUGUUCACGUUGUUUGGGAGCAAUACGUUCAACCAUUCAAAAUGAGAAUCCGUUUAUUUAUUUAUUUUUAAUUCUUCCAAAUUAAAAAUUCAUUUAAAAUCUGUAAAACCUAAAGCCGUAGUUAUUCUACCUAAUAUAGAUCCAUACUAUUGUCCAAGUUAUUUUGCAACAAUAGCAGCUUUUGAACCUUUUAGAAUCUAUUAAACUUUUUCCAAAAAUAAAAAUUCAUCAAAAUUCGGCAACAGUUCAAUGUCCCAAAGUAAAGAGUGUAGUAUUCUAGAGAAGGUGCAUAAUAUAGUAUCAUUUGUUUUGGAGACAUACCCCUCCAUUCAGAACAUGUGGACAUAUUUUCCAAAGAUAUAUAGAAAUAUUUUUUUAAACAAUCACAAAAGAUAUACAGGUGCAUCUCAAAAAAUGUGAAUAUCGUGAAAAAGUUCAAGCCUGUUUUUUUUGUUUUAAUCUUGAUGAUUACAGCUCACAGCUCAUGGACUUCAAAAACCCAGUGUCUCAAAAUAUUAUUUAUUGAAAUCAUGCUAGGAACGUCUCAUAUGUGAUGUGCAUAUAGCCUCUCAUCUGGCCGAUGAGUCUCUCUUUUUUUUGUCAGCAGUAUUCUUUAAAAUAAUGUUAAUAGAAAUUUCUGUAUUACCGCAUACUGAGAGAGUGACUGAUCAUUAUUUAUUGAUUCCCCCAUCCCCCCACCCCCGGGGUUCCCUCUGUGCCCUUUCUAGGCCUGCCCUCUCUAUAAGGCAUAACUGUUGUACAUUUUCUGGUAACGGAAAUAUAGUCAUCACAUUGUAAUAUGUGGUUGAACAUAUUUGUUUCAGAGUUAGACACACAUUUGAAUAUGAAACAGAAUAUAUUUGCUCACCAGCUUUUUUUUUUAUUCUGUUAAAAAGUGAAAUGAGGUUGAUUUCUUCUACCAACGCAGCAGAUAUAUUGCCUCAUAGCAUCAUACUGAAUGCAGGAAGGGUUAGAGGCCAUGUUCACAUAUCCAGGUAUGCUUGACUCCUACUUUUUUUUUUUACUGCAUUUUUUUAAAAUUACAGUUUCUGAAAAAAGAUUUGUGCUUUCAGUUCAACUGAGCAUAUCGGCUGAUAUAUUACCCAAACCAGUGUUACACCAAGACAUGUCAAAUCAGUUAUGUGUUAAGAUCGAAUGUUUUAGAGUUGAUGUCAUCCAACCUUGCGACACCUUAUAUUAUGGUAAAUUGACGCAUUUGUAUCAUCGGACAAACCAUAUGAUGGUGAUUCUGGCAAAGUACUAUUUCAGAGAGUGAGACUUUUGUUAGCAUGCCAUGUGCAGACAGGUGACAUAUUAAAGGAAAACAGGUCACUCUGUUACGCUAUGGGGGACGUUUUGCUGGCAUGGUUUACCCUUAGCGGAAGGGUUACUGGAAAUUAACACAAUUAAUGAAUUUAUUCUGACAGAUCACCAUUUGUAUCCUGAUGGGAGUGGUCUCUCCCAGGAUGAUGAUCUCCACAUAAACAUCACCACAGACUCUUCCCAGACUGACGUGUUAGACGACAUUCUCUAUCACCAUCGCAUGAAGUUUCCAAGUUAAAGACACGCGCAAGUUUUCAUUAAGAUGAUCUAAUCAUCUGCAUCUAAUUGUUGACUUGUUUUACAAACAAAAAACAAAAGAAGACACGAAAUUGGAGGACAACCAAGUGCUAGGAGCAACUAACAGUGAUUUAAAAAAUGAGCACAUUUGUAACAAAAAAUAUAGCCAGGAUUUUGAGUUACUUGAAGGGCUAUCCACAGGAGAGAUCAUUACACCAUGUCAUCAAGAACAUAGAAAAUGUUUAUUACUUCAACAAGACUACACGGGAGUCACAUGACCAUAUGAUGCAGGAGCCUCUCAGCACUAAUGAUCCAGAGGGGCAUUCAGAAUCAUGCAAAUACCUCGUGUGUGUGUCCAUGCAUGCCGACACCUUCCAACAAAGUCACAUAGUAUCAUACAAUUCAUUAUUUGCAGUAAAUCCCACAAUCAUAGUCAUAUUUACCCUUCUUCUUGUCUCCUCACAUUUUGGGCCUCAUGUACUCAAUAUGGAGCUAUUUGCUUUGGUGCAUGUGACUACUGCGUGGCAAUGCCAGUGUCUACAUGGUGUUCUUGACUAUAAGAUUGAAACCCUCGAAUCAGUCGAAUCUACAGCCUGAACAGCCUGCCAGUUACAAACGAGCAGAAACACAAAGCCCAGAAAGAAGUCCAAGUAAGCAACAAAUGUUUUCUGGUGGCAGACUGGUUGUUGGGCAACAAGAGGACUCUGUUAAAAAGCAUUGUCCUCCAAGCUGUGUGAUCUCCUGCAUCACUGAAUUUAUGUGAACCUACAGUAUGUGCCACACCCAAGGACGAGGCCAUUCAGGACCAUGCCCGCUCUCCUUGAACACAUAGACACAUUCAGUCAGACUCCAUGUGUGGUAUUAGCGCCUGUUGAGGAUGUUAGGAUGGCAGAUCUAGGAACCAGCUCCUACUCACGUAACCUGGAUUAUGGUCGUCUUCGGAAGAUAGCAGAUGAGAAUGGGGCGUACUUGCUAGCCGACACGGCACACAUUAGUGGACUUAUUGCAGCUGGAGUGAUUCCAUCCCCCUUUGAUUACUUCGAUAUCGUUACGACCUCCACCUACAAGACCCUGAGAGGCUGCAGAUCUGGGGCCAUAUUUUACAGGAAAGGUGUGCGCAGUGUGGAUGCAAAAACAGGAAAAGAAACUCUUUACAACCUGGAGAGUUUGAUCUGUGAAGCUGUGUUUCCCAGGCUGCAGGGAGGACGUCACAGCCAUUCCAUUGCAGGACUGGCUGUAGCAUUGAAGCAGGCACUGACUCCAGAAUUCAAGGCCUACCAAGUACAAGUGCUGGCAAAUUGCAGGACUUUAUCAUCUUCUUUAAUAGAAAAGGGCUACAAAAUUGUCACUGGUGGUACAGAUACUCACCUUAUUUUGCUUGACCUUCGCCCCAAUGGAAUUGAUGGAGUAAGGGCGGAGAAGGUGCUACAGGACUGCAGCAUUAGCUGUAACAGGAACCCUUGCCCAGGUGAUAGUAUAUUCCACCCCUUUGGCCUCCGUUUAGGCACGCCUGCUCUCACAUCACGAGGGUUAGUGGAGGAAGAUUUCUGCCAAGUGGCAGAAUUAGUUCACAGAGGCAUUCAGUUGGCUGUGGAGAUCCAGACAAACAUAAACCCCAAAGCCACUUUGAAGGAGUUCAAGGAAACAUUGGCUCAGGAUGAGAAAUAUCAAAAGAAAAUAACAGAACUCCGAGAUGAGGUUGAGGCUUUUGUGGGAAAAUUCCCCAUGCCUGGACUGCCUGAGCUAUGAGUCUAAUCCUCAUUCUCUGUUCCUGUAUCCAUAUUUUACCAUGGGUAGUUUUUGAUGAGACCAGUGUCAUUAAAAACAAGUAAUCAAAACAAGAUAUCAUCAAAAUGUCAUCAAAAACAACAGCUAUAGAACACUAUAACCAAGAAGAAGCAUGGUGGUGGCAGCGUGGUGGUGCUGCCGCUUAUCUUUAACUGGGACUGUGGAUCUAGUCAAGAUAGAGGGAAUGAUUGAUAGCUCCAAAAUACCAAUCUUGCAGGCCUGUUAGACAGCUGAAGAUGAAGAAAACUUUCACCUUCCAGCAUGAUAACAACCCAAAAGACAAAUCUACAUCAACAAGUGUUUUGAAAUGGCCCAGUCAGAGCCCUGAUCUAAAUCCUAUCAAAAACCUGUGGGAUUACUUGAACAGGGCUGUGCAAAGGACAUCCCUUCAGUAUUUGAUAGAUCUGGAGCACUUUUUUUUGCAAAAAAAAAAAAAAAAAGGUGGAAUAGAAAUGUUUAAUCAAGAUGUGCUAAGUUGGUAGAUGCUGACCCCAAAACACAGUGCUGUAUUACAAGCAAAAGGUGCUUUUACAAAGUAUUUUUGGGUGUAUACACUUGUGCAACCAGGUUACUGUAAUUUUUUUUUUUCCUUUUAUUUGUCACUUUAAUUUAUGUCUUGCUAUAUUACAUGAAAGAUCUGACACAAUUUAUCUUGGCUUAAUUUUUUACAUCGCAAAGACCUGAGAUUUGAACAGGGGUGUGUGUAGACGUUUUCUAUCCACUGUAUACGAGGAAUAUAAGAAGACGACUUCACAGGGUCAAAUUAGUAAUAUUUUAAUGAACCUUUAAGGCAGAAAACAUAGUGGGCAAACAACUCAAUGCACUUGAAUAAGGCCCAAAAUCACUUAAAUUACAUUCACAAAUCAUUUUCAAUAAAAACACAAUGUCUUACUGCACCCCAGACAAUUAUCACAAUACCGUUUUUUGUACUCUAGUGAGCGACACUCAUUCCAAGUUUGUUUUAGACAGACAACGCUUACAUAAAAGGAAAGUGGGUUUAAAAAAAAAAACACAGCCAUUGGGAACUUGAAUAUACAAUGUGUACAGUACGGUAUGGCUUGUUAACAUUCGUCAGAAUGCAUAUCACGUCACAUACAGGAUUUUGAAGACUCGUCUUCACAGAGGCUAGUGAUGCCAGAUUACGAAUGAAAAGCAAUAUAUAUAUCAAAAUGCAACUGAAAACUGGUGG